GCUCCCCUCACAGGAAAAAGGAGAUCAAGAAAUGAAAUGAUAUGAUGCUGUAUUGAGUUAACACUUCUGACUGGGGAGCAAAAAUGGCAUAUCUUGUAAUAGUCCAUGUACCUUAUACACCCUUCACAGAGGUGGAGGAAAAGAAAGGAGAUACAUGUAUCAACAAGUCUGUAAUACAAACAAGAGAGGAAGAAAAUCAGCUAACAGUUGACAGUGGCAUUGCGGAUAACAAUAAACUAGAAAGUGAUCAAGAUAAAGAAGUUGAUGAAGAGGGAUCUGCAAACCUGACUGAUGCUGUGUCUGUAUCUAAUGAUGACGUGGAGGGUCCUGCCAAAGAAAACACUUCAAAGCAGAAUGAAGACACACCUAUACCUAAUGGGGAAGUAGAAAGACCAGCUGGAGAAAGCACUGAGGGAACAGAGGAAGAAAGUAUUCCAGGGCAAGGCGAAUCUGAAACUGACAAAGAUACAAAUAUUGAAGGGAGUAGAGUUCUACAAAAUGAUAAAGAAGAUGAGUCAGAAGAUAUAAUUGGGAAAUGUGUAGAACCUGAAAUAGGUGCUGGAAGGGAAGAUCCUGAAAAAGAUGUGGAAGAAGAUAAAGCCCCUGAGAGUCUCAGUGAGGAUGAUUCGCCCUUGACGCCAUUGUUCCAGAAAAUACCUAUACAUAGAAGAGUUGAACAAGAAUUGAUAAAGAUGGAAGUUAACAAUGUAGAUAUAAGAACAGUAGGAUGUGGAACAUAUCAAAAGUUUUCUUUUGUACAAAAUGACAGUAAGAGGUGUGAGCAGAUUCUCAACAGGCUAAAAGGUAUUGGUGUUGGUAUCACUGCAGGAUCUUCUGUUAGUGUGUUCCCAUCCAGUGUUCAUGAGUGGGUGGAGCCUGAGGUAGAAGACAAACUAACAAAUGUUGAAGGUGCUGAUGAAGAUUCUCCUGGAAAGAAAAAAGAGGAUGAAGAACAGGUUCAUAAAGAAAGUCAGUUUAAGAAAUCAGUGAAGUCAAGACUUCUUGUGGCUCAGGUGGUGAAAUCGGUGAAAGCAAAUGCUCUGUUCACCUUUGAUUACCUUGUGUUACUGAUUUUGGCAAGUAUUAUAGCUUGUAUUGGUCUGGUUGAGAAUAGUUCAGUUGUACUUGUGGCUAGUAUGCUGAUUUCUCCACUUAUGGGUCCAAUCUUGGCAGCAACAUUUGGUCAGGUUAUCAGAAAGAAAGAUUUACGAGACCUUGGCUUGAAGUCAGAGAUGAAAGGACUGGCUCUAUGUUUAGUAGUAGGAUUUACAUUUGGCCUAAUAUCUGGUGGUGUUGGACUUCAUGGUGCUAUAUGGGGGAGUUCAGACUCAUAUCCCACAAUGGAAAUGAGAUCAAGGGGUAUGUGGAGAAGUUUAUGGGUUGGUGUGCUUAUAGCAAUACCUUCGGGGGCAGCUGUGGCUAUAUCAGUGCUGGGCGGAAAUGCAGGAUCAUUGGUGGGUGUGGCCAUCUCAGCAUCACUCCUCCCACCUGCAUGCAAUGCGGGUAUGUUGUGGGCCUAUUCAAUAUUAGCUGCUAUUAGACCUCCAGCGGUUAAGGCAGUUUCUUCAGUUACCAUGGAAACCAUAGCUACAACUGCUGCUACAGCUGUAGUUAACUCCACACAAUCAGCAAUCAAUUCUUCAGUCUUUACAAAUGUAACAUCAACAACACCUAUAUCUGUGAUAACAACCGAGGUACUACCUGCAGAUGGUUGUCCUCCGCUAGUUGACAACAUGUACAAGGAGGUGUAUUUCUGUAACAUGGCACAUGAAGCAGCACUGCUAGGCCUCAUCAGCUUGUUAUUGACAGUUGUCAACAUAUGCUGUAUCAUUGUUAUUGCUAUUUUUGUGUUAAAGAUUAAAGAGGUUGCCCCGAAUACAGCAGGAUCAGGUACUUUCUGGAGGGAGGAUGUUCAGGUUGCAAGGGAUUACUACAGCACAGCAAAAGGUGAAGAUUCAGUAUCAUUGGGUAAAAAGUUUUUAGAAGAAUACAAAAAGAUACAAGCAGAAAAGAAAAAGGAGAAAAACAAAGAUGAAGAUUCCAGUGAUGAGUCCAUGGAUGACAAUUAUGCAGCAAUAGAAAUGCAUGACAUGUUAGAGGAUGUUGAAAAUUCACCAGAUUGCCUGGAACUAUACUCCAAGCUUCAAAACUUUAGAACAGAGAGAAUUGCAGAGGAUUUGAGCAGGGAAUAUUAUAAAGCAACUAUGAAUAUUACAAACAAGCUAGCAAAGAGACCUGGUGUAUACCUUGCUGACCAUUCUGUCAGGGAUAGCAGCUUUCAUAGGGCAUAUAAUACAAUACACCAUGUCCCAUCAACAGAACGUGCUGGACUGGCAGAACUCAGGGAUAAAUUUAAGAGUAGAAAAGUACCAAGUAUGUAUAUUGAACCAACAUACAAUCAAGCCAAUGAAGUUGGUGUAGGAAAUGCUAAGCAGUCAAGACCAAGAUCAUCUCUAGGUUUGACCAGCGGAUUGUUUAAAAGAAGAAAAAAGGUCAAAUUUGAAGUUACAAAAGUAGAAGAAGAACAAGAAUUAGUAUAGAAAUUGUUAAACCUAUAUUUAUGUCCACCUUAGAAGAUUGUCCGUAUUGUUUAGCUCAUUGUGGGUUGGUCAGUUUUUCAGUUUGUUGGUCAGUACACAAUUUGGUUUCAAAUCAAUAACUAGAGAAUGCUUGGGCUCGUAAUGGUCAAACUGCAUAAGAAGAUUGUCUGUGGUUAAUAGAUUUGGAAUCAAUAGGUCAAAGUGGCCAAACUUUAUAGUAUGAUUGCCUGUGUUCAAUAGAUGACACCAAUUGUGUCAAAGGUCAAUGGCACAGUGACCUCAAGACUAAAAAUGAUUUCCACUCAGUAACUAAGGAAUCCUGUAGCCUACUGCAUGCAAACUUCAUAGGGUCAAAGUCAGUGACCUUGUGAUUGAAACUGGUUUCUUAUCAAUUACUAGAAAAUUCUUAGGCUUGUGAUUGCUAGUCUCUGACCCCUGUUGUUUUAGGUCAGAGGUCAAGGUCACAGCAUACCAAAUUAAAUACCAAGUUACCUCAGACAGGCCAUCAUUGGGGCAUCUGUUUUACAAAUGGCUGUUGUUUCAGAGCUUUUAUUCAUUACAGCUCAUGCAAAUUACCAACAUUUAUAUACAGUUUGACACUUUUUUAGCUCACCAGAGCUCAGGGUGAGCUAUUCUGAUCAGUCACUGUCUGUCGUCCGUUGUCCGUCCGUAAACUUUUACUUUAAACGACAUCUCCUCAUAAACCGCUAGGCCAAUUUCAUCCAAACUUCACAGGAAUGUUCCUUGGGUGAAGCUCUACAAAAAUUGUUCAAAGAAUUGAAUUCCAUGCAGAACUCUGGUUGCCAUGGCAACUGAAAGGAAAAACUUUAAAUAACCUUCUUCUCAAAAGCCAGAAGCCCUAGAACUUAGAUAUUUGGUGUGAAGCAUUGCCUAGUGGACCUCUACCAAUUUUUUUCAAAUCAUGACCCCGGGAUCAAAAUUGACCCCGCCCCAGGUAUAACUUGAUUUUACAUAGGAAAAUCUUAAAAAAUCUUCUUCUCAAAAACCAGAAGCCCAAGAGCUUAGAUAUUGACAUGUAGCAUUGCCUAGUGGACCUCUACUAAAGUUGUUCAAAUCAUGACCCCCACCCCAGGGGUCACUUGAUUUUACAUAGAUUUCUAUAGGAAAAUCUUCAAAUUUUUUAAAAAAAUAAACCAGAAGGCCUAGAGCUUAGAUAUUUGACAUGUAGCAUUCCCUAGUGGACCUCUACAAAAUGUGUUAGAAUUAUGACCCCCGGGGUCAAAAUUGACCCCGCCCCAGGGGUCACUUGAUUUUACAUAGGAAAAUCUUCAAAAAUUUUCUAAAAAUAAACCAGAAGGGCUAGAGCUUAGAUAUUUGACAUGUAGCAUUGCCUAGUCGACCUCUACAAAAUUUGUUCAAAUCAUGACCCCGCCCCAUGGGGUUACUUGAUUGUACAUAGAAAAAUCUUCAAAAUUUUCUAAAAAUAAACCAGAGGGCCUAGCGCUUAGAUAUUUGACAUGUAGCAUUGCCUAGUGGACCUCUACAAAAUUUGUUCAAAUCUUGACCCCCUUCCCACCCCCCAGGGUCAAAUUGACCCCACCCCAGGGGUUACUUGAUUGUACAUAGGGAAAUCUUCAUAAAUUUUCUAAAAAUAAACCAGAGGGCCUAGAGCUUAGAUAUUUAUGCCCCCCUUUUAAAAAGGAGGGGUAUAUUGUUUUGCAGAUGUCGGUCGGUCUGUCGGUCGGACGGUCGGAAUGUAGACCAAUCCAUUUCCAGAUGAUAACUCAAGAACGCUUGGGCCUAGGAUCAUGAAACUUGAUAAGGAGGUUGGUCAUCACCAGCAGAUGACCCCUAUUGAUUUUGAGGUCUGUAUGUCAAAGGUCAAGGUCACAGUGACCCUGAAUAGUAAAACGGUUUCCGGAUGAUAACUCAAGAACGCUUGGGCCUAGGAUCAUGAAACUUUAUAGGGAGGUUGGUAAUGACCAGCAGAUGACCCCUAUUGAUUUUGAGGUCAGUAUGUUAAAGGUCAAGGUCACAGUGACCCUGAACAGUAAAACGGUUUCCGGAUGAUAACUCAAAAACACUUGGGCCUAGGAUCAUGAAAGUUGAUAGGGAGGUUGGUAAUGACCAGCAGAUGACCCCUAUUGAUUUUGAGGUCAGUAUGUUAAAGGUCAAGGUCACAGUGACCCUGAACAGUAAAACGGUUUCCGGAUGAUAACUCAAGAACGCUUGGGCCUA